AUGCGCGUGGAGGAGUAUCAGGAGCUGCUCGAUAGAGGAUGGAGACGGUCCGGAUCACUUUACUACAAGCAAAAUCUGAAACGCUCGUGCUGUCCGCAUUAUACAAUAAGACUGGACCCUAUCCCUUUCAAGCCCAGAAAAGACCAAAGACUAGCCAUGAAUCGCUGGAAUAAAUUCGUGUUGGGCCAGUCGUAUAUCCGAAGUGCCGCAAGACUUUGUCCAAAAACUAGAGAGGAGAAAAAAUUGCGGAAGACAAAAUUUGAUUUACUCCAACGAGUCCAUGAAGUGGAAUACACCAACGUUAAGAGACCCAGGGAUCCAAAAACGAAAAGGCCCAUUGAACCGGCACAUCGGUUUGACGUGAAUAUUGAGUCGGAUUCUUUCUCCCAAGCGAAAUAUGACCUCUUCCUUAAAUAUCAAAUGCAAAUACACAAUGAGCCGGCAUCAAGAUGGAACGUCCAUUCAUUUAAGCGGUUUUUAUGCACAGGUAUUAAUAGAAAGGUUGUUAAAGAAGGUUCAAAGGAGCAGAGGCUGGGAUCCUAUCAUCAGUGUUACCGGUUGGAUGGCAAACUUAUCGCAGUAGCAGUUCUGGAUUUGCUUCUUCAUGCCGUGAGCUCGGUUUACCUAUUCUACGACCCAGAGUACAGCGAAUAUGAAUUUGGAAAACUUAGUGCUCUCCGAGAAAUCGCCUUAACCAUUGAGGGCAAUUAUCAAUACUACUAUAUGGGUUUCUAUAUACACUCCUGUCAAAAAAUGCGGUAUAAGGCGAAUUUUCAGCCCCAGUAUGUUCUAGACCCAGAAAGCUUAACCUGGGAUCCCUUCGAUGCCUACAAAGAGGAGCUUGAUCGUCGUCCAUACGUAUCUCUUUCUCAUGACCGUACGUUAGGUGGAACAACCCAACCAGGGGGUAAUGUCGAAGGACAGCCCACUAGCACAGCGAUCAAGCGAUCGAACAUUCAACCUCAAGUUAAUGAAGAAGAUAUGUCAUUAUUUGACAUCCAUAUGCCCGGCGUUUUGACCCUACAGGAAGUGCAGGAGCAGGUGGAUCUGGAUCAUUGGAAACUUCUCGCACAUGGUGUUCUGGUUGAUAUGGUGGAUCUGGUCCCCUGGGAUAAUUCAGAUAUUCGCCAACCUCAGUCGAUCAAGGGAAUUGUUGGUGAGCUUGCGGCGGUGCUGGGACCGAAGGUCGUUAAGAAUUCGGUGGUUGUUUUGUUUUAA